AGUGCCAGGGAGAGAAAAGACAGAGAGAGAGAGAGGGAGGAAAGAAAUCGCGGGUUAUUUAUAACCAGGCAGCACCAGGGGCUCUCCAGCCUCUCCUGCGAAGCCGCGGCUCGGAGGUCACUCCCCAAAAUCGCUGCCCUGGCAGGAGAAGCGAUAUUUGCUCCGGGAUCUGGGGCGGGCACCCGGCGCGGCUCGGGAAUCACCACCCGCCCAUGCUGCCGGUGCCACGGCACAGCCCCGAGCAGCGUCUGCACAGGAGGAGCGCGCCUGGGUCCCUGCAUCGCCAUGCCUUGGGCCACCACCCUCAUCCUCCUGCUGGCCGCGCUCUGCUCCUCCUCGCUGGCCCAGUACAACGAGGAGGAGGACCUGGCGUGGCUCCAGUACUACCUGCGCCAAUCCCGCGUCUCCUCCUACAACUACGUGCCCUACUACGAGGAGGAGAGCCCCGCGUACGCCUACUCCUACCCCUCGGCCACCGACAGCGAGCCCGAACCCGAGCCCGAACCGCAGCAAGCCGCGCCCUGGCGGUGUCCCCAAGAGUGUGACUGUCCCCCCAACUUCUCGGCCGCCAUGUACUGCGACACGCGCAACCUGCGCUACCUGCCCUUCGUGCCCUCGCGCAUGAAGUACGUUUAUUUCCAGAACAAUCUCGUCACCGCCAUCCAGGAGGGCGCCUUCGACAACGCCACGGAGUUGGAGUGGUUGGCGCUGCACAACAAUCAGAUUGGGAGUGAGAGGAUGGGGAAGAGGGUUUUUGGGAAGCUGCAGCGGUUGGAGAGGCUCUACAUGAAUAACAACAACCUGACGCGGCUGCCGGCGCCGCUGCCGCGCUCGCUGCGGGAGCUCCACCUCUCCUACAACCACAUCUCCAAGGUGCCUGCCAGCGCUCUGGAGGGGUUGGAGAACCUCACGGCGCUCUACCUCAGUCACAAUUUCAUUUUUGAGAUGGGGGCGUCCCUCAAAGGGCUGAGCUCGCUGAUCUUGGCCGAUCUGAGCUACAACAACCUCCGCAAGGUGCCCGACGGGCUCCCGGCGUCGCUGGAGCAGCUCUACCUGGAGUACAACUACAUCAACGCCAUCCCUGAUGAGUAUUUCCAGGUGUCCCCUCGGCUGCUCUACGUCAGGAUGUCCCACAACAGCCUGACCAACCAAGGGCUCUCCAGCAACACCUUCAACAGCAGCAGCAUCCUGGAGCUGGACCUGUCCUACAACCGGCUGCAGAAGAUCCCGCGCGUCAACACCAACCUGGAGAACCUGUACCUGCAGGGGAACCAGAUCGACGAGUUCUCCAUCAGCAGUUUCUGCUCCGUGGUGGAUGUCAUGAACUACUCCCGGCUCCAGGUGCUGCGGCUCGACGGCAACGCCAUCAAGAGGAACGCGGUGCCCCCGGACGCGCCGCUGUGCCUGCGCAGGGCCACUGUCAUCGAGAUCUGAGCCACCCCUGUCACCCUCAGGACUUGUGUCCCCACUCCCAGGGAUUCCCUCAUCCCCGCUUUUCCGUCCGCCUCGGCUUGCAGCAGCGCGCUCAAAGGGUUUUCCCCAAAUUUUCGCUUUUUUUCCCAGCUCUGGUCGCUCUCUGAGCCCGCCCCGCUGUCCCCGUUGUCACCUCCUGUCCCCAGCUGGGGUGGGACACAGCGGGGAUGGGGUCAUCCCUCCUUGGAAAUCAAGAAAUCCCAAUCCUGAUCCCAAAACCGAUCCCUGGAAGGAGAAUCCAAGGGGUUGGGAGUGAAAGGGUUAAAGGUCCCCAGGCUGGAGGAGCAAAUCCAUCCCUUCCUUUUCCUCCUUUUCUAUCAACCUGCUCCAGAAUUAAUGGAGAGAAACCCUAAAGGAGAGGAACCCUAAAGGAGAGAAACCCUAAAAGAGAGAG